AUGAAAUCGAAUAUCUUCAAGAAUUGAACCCCGCACGCUUGAAUAGGUCUACCAAUACUUAUCAUAUGCUAUUUCCAUGGCCUUGAAGCACACGUAUUUCUAAUACGUGACUGGAGAAAAAUCUUACUAGUAUGGCUACGUCGAAUGGUGAGGCCAUUGCCAAUGGCAUGGCUGCUUUGGACUUAUUAGAUCCUGAGCCCAACUCAGAAAGAUCAGUGGCAGAAUUACUUCAAAGGUCUAAAGAUUUGAUGUCCGAGCUCGAACAAUUCAAGACUGGAUUGAGGGAGCGAAAGCAGGAAAAGAUGGUUGAACUGAGGCACUUUUCGACGAACCUCCAGUCCGAGAUCAAAUCUUUAACAAAACUCGCGAAUCUAGAUCCGGAGAACAAAAAAGUUGCUCAUACAAUCAGUUCUUCCAAUUUUCCGUUCUAUUCAGCUGUUUGGAAUGCGGCAAAGGGUUGCAAGGGCAUCACGGCUUUGAGGAAACGUUUCUUUUGGUGCACUGGUCAAAGCUUGCUCAAAUCCAAGCGAGGUGAUCUCUCAGCGCAGAAGAAUAUUAAAAGUGUGGAGGUUGAUAUCGUGGCCGGAGAAGAUCUUGAAUGGAUCAAAGUAAGCACAAUUACUGCUAAGAGGAUGAUAUAUGAUUUAGCAAAGGCUGGAUGGGCUGAAGAUGACUCGACUAAUGAUGAGGAGGACGAUGCUGUAAGGUUAGAUACAGAAGAUGAGCCGGAAGGUCUCUUGAAGCAAGCCAAGCUACUUGUAGAAGCCUCUAAGUUGGCUAGAACUAAAUAUCGGCAUCCAUCAAUACGCAUGGUACUACCUAGGAUCACGCGAAAUUGUCCAAAUCAGGUGGCCAAUGUUUUGAAAGAAAUUCGGGCAUUAGGAAUCUCAGUGCAGAUAUAUGAGGACAUCCCUGCGAGCUUUGAAAUAUCACAAGCUCUCCAACAUAUGAUAGCAGAUCCUUUCGAGAAUUUCUCCAGAACACUCAAUGUUGACUGUACAAUGAUCUUCGCAUUUAUUAGUGAGUAAGUAAGAGAUAUUGUAUCCCGUGAUGGGUGCUUCCACUUCCCAAAAAAACAGUCAACCAUUUCCUUGUUUGCUAAUUACCAAAUCUUCAGUCUGUCGCAUGGCCGUGUUGAGCCAAAAGACUGGCAUCAUCGGUUUCUGAUCAAACAGAUGGAAAUGGAAAGUCAUGACCAGCUCUUACCUAGUAUUGUUUGGCCUGCAUGUGGGUCCAGGAAUCUCGUAUGCACUCGUGAAGCAGUUGCAAGAGCUCAAGAGAUAAUAGACACAAUUGGAACAGACACCGAAAAGCAACGGAUGGAACUGAUAUUUGGUUUCAAUCAUGAGUUGACAAGGGACCAGCUGGCGAGGGAAUUUCAGAAGCUCUCAGAGUACAGCAUUCCUCCGGGAUGGCAAUUACCCAUCACGGUACUGGAUGUGGAUAUAUCCAAUAUUGUCUCCAAACUUCCUAUCGUUGCCAACGACGUCUCAAAUGUCCUAACUGGUGUUAAUCAGUCCGUGUUUCUGUACGGAUGGGCAUCUGGGUUAACGACAAUCAGCAGUAACCGUGUUGUUGCUAAAGAAAUUGUGGCUACGAUCGAAGCAAAUAGAGGUUCUAUGGACGUCCAGGGGCCCGAAAUCUGGUUAUCCCCCAUGGCUAGAUCUCUUGUAGGGAAAGAAAAACAGCGACGGGGAGUCAAAGAAUGAUUUAUCAGGUACUAUAGAUUCGAGUAUGUAGCUCGUACUCUCAAGUUUAAAUACAAGCAAAAGUUGAACAAUCUAUAUAGAAUAGUUUAAAUCCCUAACAAAGCCUAGACUGCAAUCCAAGAAGCCAGACUUUUGAACUAGA